AUGACAGACACGAAUAAUUGGACUCUCUCAGCUCCUUGGGUCUGGGUACCACAUUACCUGGAAGAAGACAACCAGCCCGGACGGUACUUUCUCUUCCGCAAAGCAUUCCCAUGGACUCCUCCGUCUUCCACUGCCGAGCAUCAAGAAUGCCUCGUGCACGUCUCCGCCGACAGUCGAUACCGUCUCUUCGUGAACGGGCAGAGUGUCAGCUUCGGUCCCUGCAAGUCCUAUCCCGGGAAGUGGUACUACGAGACUGUCGACAUUCGCCCGUAUCUGGUGGAGGGCGAGAACGUCGUCAGUGCGCGCGUGCUGCGCUAUUCGAGUAUCAAGGCGGGGUCAUCGUCAAUUGUUAGCUCGCCCUUGCCGGGGUUUAUGGUCUAUUCAACGGUCGAGAACAUUCCCGUCUUCACCGACGUGACGUGGCGCUGUCAGGAACAACAGUCCGUGAGGAUCGUCCCUCAUGCGGAGUGGAACUUCCUGCUCGGGCCGCCGUUCAUGGCCAAUAAUGAGCGUGUCGAGGAGGAUCCGGGGCUACGGGGCUGGCAGGAGGGAGGGUACGACGACUCGGCCUGGGACUCUGCGGUGGUACAGACCAACUCGGUGAAGAUGAUGCCCAUCGUGAGCUACUGGCAGCUCAGCCCGCGGCCGAUCCCGCCUCUCCCGGAGACGCCCUGCCGGUUCGACUCGGUGGCCAAAUCUGAUGGGGUCAUUGCGGCGGACGAAUGGCAAUCUCUCCUCUCGGACGACCAACCGGUGGUCAUCCCCGCCGGCGAGACCGUCCAGGUCGACCUCAGCGUGGACAGCCUCCUGACCGCGUUCAUCAGCCUGGCCUUCAGCGGCGGCGCCGGCGCGCACAUCACCCUCCUCUACGCCGAAUGCUACGAGAAGGACCUCGGGGUGGAGACUGCCCCGUUCCCCAUGCCCCGCGCAAAAUCCAACCGCGCCGAUACCAGCGGCCGGCUCUACGGGCCGAGGGACUACUACACCGUCACCAGCGGACAAGACAGCCACCUCUUCGAGCCCUUCUGGUUCCGCUGCUUCCGCUACGUGCAGCUCGCCAUCACCACCGGUCCGAACCACCCCCUCACCCUCACGCACAUCUCCCUGCGCGAGACCUCCUACCCGCUCGACACGCAGACGACCCUCCACACCGGCGACCCCGAGCUGACCCGCAUGUGGGAGAUCAGUCUGCGGACGCUGCGCAACUGCCGCCACGAGACCUUCGAAGACUGCCCCUUCUACGAGCAGAACCAGUUCGCCUCCGACUCGCGCCUGCAGAUGCUGUUCGGGUAUCAGCUCUCGCGCGACGACCGGCUCGCGCGCAAGACCCUGGAGGAAUUCCACGCCAGCCGCACGGCCAACGGCUUGAUCGUGGCGCAGUACCCGACGGGGCUCCCGCUCACGCAGAUCCCGCAGUUCUCGCUCUACUUCGUCUUCAUGGUCCACGACCACAUGCGGUACUUCGCCGACGGCUCCGUCGUGCGCCGAUAUCUGGGCACGAUCGAUGGCAUCCUGGAGUACUUCGCCCAGCACCUGACCGGGACGGGGCUGGUGGGACGCUUCGAGCCCACCACCUGGCCCUUUGUGGACUGGGUGCAGGAGUGGUUCGUGCCCGGGCAGAUCUUUGCGAGCUGCAUGCCCCCCGCCUACCACACAACCGGCGCUGCCACCAUCAACAGUCUCCUGUAUGCGCUGGCGCUGACGCACGCCGCGGAACUGUGUGAGUUUGCACGGCGGGGCGACACGGCCGCCGAGUACCGCGCCCGCACGGCUGGGUUGCGCGACGCGGUCAACCGCCACUGCAGAAGAGCCACCACCCCGGAGGAGGGAGGGGUGUUGUAUACCGAUGGCCCCGGCGUGGACCAGUUCAGCCAGCACACGCAGAUCUUUGCGAUCUUGACCGAGACCGUCACCGGGCAGGCCGCGCAGGACUUGCUGCGGAGGUGUCUUGCCCUUGCCCCCAACCCCAGUGCUACCGACACCACCACCACCACCUCCUCCUCCUCUUCUCUUGCGGAUACGACAUCCCCACGACUAGCACAAGCCUCCUACGCGAUGAAAUUCUACCUCUUCCGCGCAGCCGAAAAGACCGGCCUCUACGCAGAGGUCUUCCACACCCUGCUACAGCCGUGGCGGCAGAUGAUGGCGCUGAACCUGACCACCUGGGCCGAGGAUGAGGUCAAUGCGCGCAGUGAUUGUCAUGGGUGGAGUGCCUGUCCGGUGAAUGAGAUUGUGGAGGGGGUUUUUGGGGUCCGGGCGGUGGUGGUCAAUUCCCUGUCUGCGGCGGGGGAGGGGGGGGUUCGGGAGGGGGUUAGUGUUCGCAUCGAGCCCGAUCCUUCGUUGGUGGGGAGGGCGGACGGAGUGUUUUGUACCCCGGCAGGCAGGAUAGGGGUGCGGUGGGAUCGUGAGGCUGGGGAUGGGAAGGUGGAGGUUCGGGCUGUGGGAGACUUCCGAGGGGAUGUGGAGGUUUUUGUACGCGGGAGGAGGGUGGGUGGGGAGUUGAGGGGCGGGCAGGUGGUGAAGAUAUAG